AUGGGCAAACGCAAACGCGAGAACCGGGUCGAUCCUCUCCCGGCAAUUGCUUCGCUCGUUGAAAAGCCUCGUCGCCCACGGAGAUACUCUCUCCCGUCGUGGUUGUACCGAGUGAACGCUAUCACCAUAAAGGAGGACAGGGAUGCGACUGAUGUCGAUUUUGACGAAGACCUUUCUGAGUUAGAGGACGAGGAUGCAGACCUUGCCGAGUGCGACUACCAGGGUGGGGAUGACGAUGAUACGGACGACUACGAUACGGAUGAUGACGAGUCGGUUGCAUCUACAUGCGUGGCGGAUGGCGAUGGCGGGAAGAUGCUGCCGCAUGCUAGAAACCCUACCGGCCUGUCCCCAGCUGAGCCGCACAGCCCGCAGGCGUGA